AAAAAUAAGCCAAAAGGGCUGCCCGUCGCCAUGCUGCGGCGUCUCGUGGCGUUCGCGGCGUGGGGGGUCGGGGGUCGUGCUGGAUCGUCGCCUCGCCCGCGCUUCGCGUCCAUGUGCAUCGCGGCGCCGUCGCUGGCGCCGAAGGAGCGCGAGGCGCUGGCGCGGCGCUGCGCGCUGCAUGCGUGCUCGCUGAGCCUGACGACGGCGCCGCGCGACCCGCCUCUCGUGCUCGUGUCGGGCCUCGCCGCGCACCAGGUCGGCUUCUUUUGUGGAGAGCAAUUAACAGUGUGACACGUACUUCCGUAGGUCGCGGCGAUCGAGCGCGCGGGCGCGGAGACCGUCGAAUCACCAGGUCUGCCGCCCUGGAACGCGAGCGGCGACGUGUGGCGGCGGCGGCCGCCGGCCCUGGCGGCGUCGAAGGAACCGGCGCGGCUCUACACGUACCACAAGCUACACGCCUGGGACCCCAGGGUCGUAAAAGGUGCGCCGCGCGUCGCAUUUGUGGAUGCUGAUGCCAUCUACGUGCGGAACGCGUCGGCGCUGCUCGAGAUCGAACCGCCGAGCGCGUUCUACCUCCGGGACGCGUGCCGCCCGCCGAACAUCCCGUGGCACCGCUGGGACCCGGGCAUAGAAAUCGACGGCGAGCCCGUGCCCAAGGCGCGCGCCUACUGGAACACGGGCGUCGUCGUCUACGAGCCCGACGCGACCGUCGCGCGCGACCUCUGGCGCCUCUACGCGACCGGGGACUUCGCGAGUUUCGACCCGAGCCGAAUGUCUACGGGCAACGGGGUAGGGCGCCUCGGCUCGCGAACGAGCGCCGACCGACGCAGGCCUCGACCCCGACCAGUACGUCUGCGAGGGCGACCUGCUUCAGACCUACUACUGGCGGCGCUGGCGCGGGUCGCGGCCGCACGUCCUCAACGCCGCCUGGAAUUUUAGGGGGUACAAGUGCUCGUACGCGGACGUCGCCGACGCGUCCCGGGUCCGCGUCGUCCACAAGGAGGAGCGCCGCGCGAUCACGCUCAUCUUCGACGCCUGCGAGCACGUCCGCGCGCCCCCACGCGGCGCGCGGCCCAGGUUCCUGGAGGAGCUCGUCUCGGCGCUCGACGUCGGCGCGUGCCGCUCGCCGGCCGCGGCGGCCGCGCUCAGGCGGACCUGUCCCGACCAGGCGCAGGGUGGCGUUGGGUAAGGCCUGUUGUGUUUUAACAGUGUUUACAUAGUACGCUGCCGACCCGGAGGAUUCUUCGAGUUCGCCUAACCAUGGGGCGCCGAAUCAAGAUCCCGGCCGUAUUGCUCGAAUUAAGCUGGUUUACGAGCCUGAGGCCGGGCACUGGGCCCGAUUAAACCGGCUAUGUUAGGAUCUGACAAUUCUGCGAGCUCGUAGUGGAACGCGAACGUCGCGCCAGUCGCGUUUCGUGGCGCGGUGCACAAUGCUUUUGGCACUCCAUCACAAACCGCCUGGGGUUCAAUUUCUGAACAAACGAUUUCCGACUCGGGAUUUUGUUUCAAAAGUCAAAUCGACCUUGAUCUCCCCUCUGAGCUUCGGGGCAAAAUUCAAAACAUGGCACUGGCAGGCCAAGAUACCUCCCUAGUAAACAAUGUCGGAGGCUCCGAGCGUCCUUAGGAUACGUCUACCCGGGCCAACGUUCCCAGCCCGGUCGCCUUCACUCCGAUAGUAUCGUAUUGAAGCUCUGCUCAGAUUCAACGCUUCGGUUUGGCAUUGCCACGAGCCCGGCCGAGUCUUCGACUCGCGUCGCGCGAUAGCAUGGAGCUACAGCCCACAAUGUUCCACCUCUUCAUCUGCGUCC